CUCGGCCACGGCUAUAGUCGGCGUUACAGAAGAACAGAUGAUAAACAAAACUGGACGCUACUAAGAGGCUUCAGAUCGUAGUCGACGUGGUGGGCUAGCGUCCUGUUAGAUUGUUUUGUGUAAAAUUUGUUUCCAGCGUUGUUGAACUGUUUGACGAAGUAUUAAUGUGCCGAAUAUUUUCGAAAGACUAAUGAAAAUUUGCCUCGAACGCAACACGAUCAUAGCAAAUCAAAUAUGCUUGUAUUCAUUAACGAGGUUAAAAAAAAUGAACACAUGGCAUGCGUCUGCCGAGUACGGAUGUAAGAAAGGCCACAGAAAGUUCGACUUGUUUUUCCCUCUUUAACACGUCAGGAUCUUACGUCUCAUUAGCUAUAGAGAAUACGAAACAUGCAAUUAAUUUAUUGGCGAUACAAAUGGGCUCAUUCAAAUUGGUAAAUUGGGAUCAAGUGCACUUCAGCUUACUAAUCAUUGUACAAUCUUAAAAGUGCUGACGCCUAUGACUGGUGGGAGCCUGAUAGGAUACCUGAUCGAAUCUGUCGUCUGCAACAGAAACUUCUUCUGCGUAGCAUCACUUCUCUAUACAUCGUCCUGUCUAGAAAUUUUUGCUUUUUUGUAACUCAGAGCACGUGUCAUUUUAUGUGAAGUACUCAAGUUGCCAAUAGGUAGAGCGAAGAGAAAAAUUGACCAAGAAAAUAAGUGGAUCGAAGAGCACCGAAAUGCAUGGUGUUUAUGAACAUGUUAAGCUUAAGUAAAUAAUGAUAUCAAAAUAUUGUAUUUGUUAGUCGGCGAUGAAGAAUAGUAAUAAGGUCGAAAAAAAUCUUUCAUGAGCAUUCGUUUUUUCGAGAACGAGUUGGAACAGCUGCACAGUAAGGACAAGGAUAGCCUAUCACUGAUCGACUUUAUUCCUUUGGCAAUUAUCGGCAAACUACGCAAUAAGUCAUAGCUCACUACAAUAGUCAGCAUAUAUAUAUAUAUAUAUAUAUAUAUAUAUAUAUAACCUAUGUAUAUUAUCGCCAAACUUGUAAAGCAAGGGUUGUGAAAAUCUAUAGGCGAAUGGAGGAAUGGAAACCACUGCUAGGGGCGGAGUCGUCCCUCAAUCCCCUAGUUUUUGAUGCACCGCCUAUGGCAGCUCCUCCAUCCUACAGCGAAAUCCAGCACGAAAUAGCCGGAAUGGGUAUUCCCGACCCUACGUCAGAUAUCAUUAUGUGUGAAGUUUGCAACUACCCUAUUAAUCGAUCCGGAGCGGAGCGCAAAAAAGUAAUUAUGUGUCCGCGUUGCCAAGAAGCGACUGCAUUAGGUGAGCCUGAGAAGGGAAAACGGUAUCUCCGCUGUCCAGACUGUAAAUGUCUGCUCAUCGUGCGGACUAAUUGCAAGCAAACCAUUUGUCCGAGAGAAAACUGUAAACUUGAAAUUGAUGUUAAAACUGGAAAGCCUGCUCGAGACAGAACUUCAGCAUCGGCAUUUAAUACGCCCACACAAAGAAAUAAUCAAGAACCACAGUACCGCAUCGUGUGUGGAUACUGCCACGGCGCGUUUGUGCAGAGUGUAUUGCCUGCAAAAAGGCUUCAGUGUCCCCUCUGCCGAAAAAAGUCUCAUAUCGGAGAAGGAUCGGGGCAUCGUUCAGCGGCCUGUUAUACUGGGCUGGGUUUAGCAUGCAUCGUCAUAUGUAUAGCUUUUAUGGCCACAACAAUGGGGUUGCGGCAUAAUGCAGGCUAUUGGUAUAUGUAUACGAUUCUGUUACUUGCAGCUACUGGAUUAAUCGUGGUGGGCCUAUGGAAUCUAUGUAUGAGGCAUAGUACUCUGCAAAUAACAAAUUUUGCAGUGUGAUAUUAUCACAGGAAAUGUGGAACACCGAAAAAGAAAAAAGAAUAACUUCACUAUGAAUUUCGAAUGAUAUUGUACGAUAUUCGCUCCUCUGUAUCGUACCACAUACAUUAACCUUAAACUGUAUUGUGUCUAGUAACUUAGUGGAAUCUAACUGGUAACAUGUAGGUUUUGCUUACAAUCGGCAGCCGUAUGUAACGAAUAAUGUUAGGAGCAAUCUAACAGUGCUAGACAAAGGCUUUGUGGUACAUUUGUGAAAAUAUAAGACGUAAAUAUAAUAAUCAGGAAAGGAGGAAAGGAGCAUAAAGCUUGCACAACAGCGUGAUAAUGUAAUAAGAACAGUUAUUUUUGCGUUUAACGCAAACGAACGGGCAAGUGCAAAAGAAAUAAUGGUGUUAAUUUGUGUGGCUUUAUUAACGCAAAUGCGGCAGAAAGCAAACGGUGUAAUCGGCCAGGUUGAAGCAGAAGGAAAAACAUUUAUUGACCAAAACACGUUGCUUGUUGUUUGUUUUGAAUUUAAAAAUUAUGAUGCGGCAACAGAGCAUGGUUACACGGUUCACACAUAUUCAUAUGAGAAAUUAUUUAUUUUCGCGAUGCACUCCUAUUUAUUGCAAAUGAAGGGUCCUAUCACAUAAAGUAGCAGUUUAUAUUCUUGUGUAUUUAUUUAUUCACCGUACAUAAAUUUCAGCUAAGAUAGUCCGACUACUGACGUAGUAUAGAGUAUCUUGCAUAGCUUAAAAAGAGAGAUACUUAUUAUAAAUUAUUUGUAGAUCUCGACGAAGCUUUUAUGUACUCACUUUACCGUCAUAUAUAUUACGUUGCUAGCAGCAUCUUUACAAUAAUUUGUAUUUUUGUAUAUUGUAUAUUGUAAGGAUGUUACUGUUAUGCUUUAUCCGUUUGUUUUCUGUGAACAUACUGUGACAUAUUCGUAACGGGUUGCUUUAACUUCGUUUUUUACCAACCCCUAUUCAUAUCUGUGGAUUCCUCUGUCCAUUCCAAUAUAUACACGUAGUUAUAUAGUUUAAGCAAAACCUCUAUUACUGUGUUCGUUACAAGUAAAUUUGGAAUCGUAUGCUUUUCACUAUAAGUCCUCUGACUAAUCAAUGCGGAUUAAAUGUAUGUACAAAAAGUUUUGAAUGGAAGUUUAGCAGGUAACUAAAUAUUGCACGUGGACUUAUGAUAUCGUUUGCAUUAUCUCCAACACUUAGUUGAAUAACUUAGUUGAAGCCUCCAUGUAACAAUGUUUUCUAACGUAGCGUUUAAUCGAAUCUAAUCAAUGAAUUUCUCGUUGAGCUUGUUCUGAAGAUAAGUAUACAUAUCUCUACACAGAUACGACAGGUGACAUAUUUGAUGGAUUUUGACCGCCAACUGCUUGUAGUUAUGCAUGGGAUUGACCGACUUACUUGGUUACGGGCAGGUUUAGAUUUGAAUUAAACCAACAUUAAGAUUGGAGAUAAAAAUAGUCAACUUAGGUCAUACACAGCUUAAAACCAUCAAGUUCCAUAAAUAUACUUAUAGGAGUUCGCUAGUUUGGCUUUUAAGUUAAUAAUAUCAUGUAUACUAAUGUUAGAAAAGGCAAAACGUGUAACCUAAAACUAUAUAGAGUAGUCAGUAUAAUGUACUUUAAAAGCUAAUUUGAGUGAAGUGUUUUUGUUCGGAAGGAAAACUAACUUGCGAAAAUUAUAGGUUAAGAUAUAGGCUGUCGCAAAAUUAGGUAACCCCAAAAAGGACGAGGGGUCCCGAAAGGUCGUUGUAUACACAGCGGAAUUUUGUUGGAAACUCUGCCAAAAAAAAUAAAACAACUGAGUCCACUUUUUAAAAAAAAAA